AUGAGCUCGAUCAACACAGUUGCCAAGAUCAUUGGUCUGACGUCUGCUGCCUGGUUAUCCGAUCCGGAACANGGCAAUAUCUCUGCACUAUCUCUCAUCUCAAUCCCUGCUGUCGUCAACGUCAAACAAGACUCAACACUCUCCAAUGCUCAUGCAGUCAGACUCUGGGAACAGAAUUACCAACGAGGUGCAUCUCAAAAUCCUCCCAUUGCACUUGGUGCAGCAGCUUCUCUUGGAUUUCUGGCAUGGUCACUUCGAAGCAUUCGCACGGCUGCGUUGGUGGGUUUGAGACCUGGUCCUCUGUUUGCUAUUGCGGCGGUGUCGACGAUGGCAAUUGUACCNUUUACGAUUGUCUUCAUGAGGCCCACGAAUAACAAGUUAUUGGCCCAUGCUGCAAAGGCCAAGAAGGAUGAACUGUCUGUUACCGAGACAGAGGAUGUAGAAGCAUUGUUACAACAGUGGACAGCUCUGAAUCGUCUCAGGGGAGUUCUUCCCAUGGCUGGAGCGGUUGCUGCUUGUAUCGCAGUCAUUGCCUAA